AUGCAAAUCUUUGUGAAAACUUUGACUGGCAAAACUAUCACAUUGGAAGUAGAACCCUCCGAUACCAUUGAGAAUGUUAAAGCCAAGAUCCAGGACAAGGAAGGAAUUCCCCCAGACCAGCAGAGACUUAUCUUUGCAGGCAAACAGUUAGAAGAUGGACGCACCCUGUCUGACUACAACAUUCAAAAGGAAUCAACCCUGCACUUGGUACUUCGCCUCAGAGGAGGGAUGCAAAUCUUUGUUAAAACUCUGACCGGCAAAACUAUCACAUUGGAAGUAGAACCCUCCGAUACCAUUGAGAAUGUUAAAGCCAAGAUCCAGGACAAGGAAGGAAUUCCCCCAGACCAGCAGAGACUUAUCUUUGCAGGCAAACAGCUUGAAGAUGGACGCACCCUGUCUGACUACAACAUUCAAAAGGAAUCAACCCUGCACUUGGUACUUCGCCUCAGAGGAGGGAUGCAAAUCUUUGUUAAAACUCUGACCGGCAAAACUAUCACAUUGGAAGUAGAACCCUCCGAUACCAUUGAGAAUGUUAAAGCCAAGAUCCAGGACAAGGAAGGAAUUCCCCCAGACCAGCAGAGACUUAUCUUUGCAGGCAAACAGUUAGAAGAUGGACGCACCCUGUCUGACUACAACAUUCAAAAGGAAUCAACCCUGCACUUGGUACUUCGCCUCAGAGGAGGGAUGCAAAUCUUUGUUAAAACUUUGACUGGCAAAACUAUCACAUUGGAAGUAGAACCCUCCGAUACCAUUGAGAAUGUUAAAGCCAAGAUCCAGGACAAGGAAGGAAUUCCCCCAGACCAGCAGAGACUUAUCUUUGCAGGCAAACAGUUAGAAGAUGGACGCACCCUGUCUGACUACAACAUUCAAAAGGAAUCAACCCUGCACUUGGUACUUCGCCUCAGAGGAGGGAUGCAAAUCUUUGUUAAAACUCUGACCGGCAAAACUAUCACAUUGGAAGUAGAACCCUCCGAUACCAUUGAGAAUGUUAAAGCCAAGAUCCAGGACAAGGAAGGAAUUCCCCCAGACCAGCAGAGACUUAUCUUUGCAGGCAAACAGUUAGAAGAUGGACGCACCCUGUCUGACUACAACAUUCAAAAGGAAUCAACCCUGCACUUGGUACUUCGCCUCAGAGGAGGGAUGCAAAUCUUUGUUAAAACUCUGACCGGCAAAACUAUCACAUUGGAAGUAGAACCCUCCGAUACCAUUGAGAAUGUUAAAGCCAAGAUCCAGGACAAGGAAGGAAUUCCCCCAGACCAGCAGAGACUUAUCUUUGCAGGCAAACAGUUAGAAGAUGGACGCACCCUGUCUGACUACAACAUUCAAAAGGAAUCAACCCUGCACUUGGUACUUCGCCUCAGAGGAGGGAUUUAG